CCACGGAGGCGUGUCUAACGUCCAUUUUCACAACGCACGAAAACCAAUCAUACAGUAGGAUCCUCCUAUACGUUGACAGACAUUGUGAUGGCCAAUGAGAAGAGGUGUAAGUGGAUGACAGGCGGAGCCACGGUCUGGGAGCAGAGUCUGCGUGUCGCCUGACCGGAUGAUGACUGACUGAAGUUUUAUCACUGUAGUUUUCUUUUCCGUCUUGUCUAUUCAUUUAAAUAGCGCGUCACUGUAGCCCUGUUGUUUAGAAUCUAGUUACUGAGCCUAACCCAAAUCUGACAACAAUCACGUUUUAACAGUCGACUUGACUUUUACGCUUUUUCAGGGAAAGGCAAAUCCAGGUUCGCAAGUGAGAGAGCGCAAAGAUCCGACCCACCUCUCUCUCUCCCUGUCUCUCCGAGAAUCCUGAGUUGAGCCCGCCGGAGAGAAGAGCCACCAUGGGGAACCGGGGUAUGGAAGACCUUAUUCCCCUCAUCAACAAGCUCCAGGACGCCUUCAGCUGCAUCGGCCAGAGCUGCAACCUGGACCUGCCACAAAUCGCCGUGGUCGGAGGGCAGAGCGCCGGGAAAAGCUCCGUUCUGGAGAAUUUCGUUGGAAGGGACUUCCUGCCCCGAGGCUCUGGUAUCGUGACCCGCAGACCUCUCGUCCUUCAACUGGUCAACAACCAAGCAGAGUAUGCUGAGUUCCUUCAUUGUAAAGGUCGUAAGUUUGUGGACUUUGAUGAGGUGCGUUUGGAGAUUGAGGCCGAGACUGAUCGCAUCACUGGGUCCAAUAAGGGAAUCUCUGCUGUUCCCAUCAACCUCCGAGUCUAUUCCCCUAAUGUGUUAAACCUGACUCUUAUAGAUCUACCAGGGAUGACUAAGGUAGCGGUGGGAGACCAGCCAGUCGACAUCGAGCACCAGAUCAGAGACAUGCUGAUGCAGUUCAUAACUAAAGAAUCCUGUCUGAUCCUGGCUGUGACUCCAGCUAACCAGGAUCUGGCCAACUCUGAUGCUCUCAAGAUAUCUAAGGAGGUCGACCCUCAAGGGUUACGUACCAUCGGAGUGAUCACCAAGCUGGACCUGAUGGACGAAGGGACGGACGCACGGGACAUUCUAGAGAAUAAACUACUGCCGCUACGCAGAGGUUACAUUGGGGUGGUGAAUCGUAGUCAGAAGGAUAUUGACGGCAGGAAGGAUAUUAAAGCAGCUCUGGGUGCAGAGAGGAAGUUCUUCCUGUCUCAUCCAGGAUACAGACACAUAGCUGACCGCAUGGGAACACCACAUCUACAGAAAACACUCAACCAGCAACUGACCAACCACAUCCGGGACACGUUGCCAGGGUUACGUAGUAAGCUCCAGAGCCAGCUUCUAUCUCUGGAGAAAGAGGUGGAGGAAUACAAGAACUUCAAACCAGACGACCCGACACGCAAGACCAAGGCCCUACUGCAGAUGGUUCAGCAGUUUGGUGUAGACUUUGAGAAGCGUAUUGAGGGAUCAGGUGAUCAGGUGGACACUGUGGAGCUCUCUGGAGGAGCUAGAAUCAACAGGAUCUUCCACGAGAGAUUCCCCUUCGAACUGGUCAAGAUGGAGUUUGAUGAGAAGGAGUUGAGGAGAGAGAUCAGUUAUGCCAUCAAGAACAUCCACGGAGUGAGAACAGGCCUGUUCACCCCUGACCUAGCCUUUGAGGCCAUAGUGAAAAAGCAGAUCAUUAAGCUGAAAGAGCCCUGUCUGAAAUGUAUGGACCUGGUGAUCCAGGAGCUCAUCAACACCGUGCGCCAGUGCACCAAUAAGCUUGGCUCCUACCCCAGACUGAGAGAAGAGACAGAGAGAAUCGUCACAACCUACGUCAGAGAGAGAGACAUCAAAACCAAAGACCAGGUGCUGCUGUUGAUUGACAUUGAGCUGUCUUACAUCAACACAAACCAUGAGGACUUCAUUGGCUUCGCAAACGCGCAACAGAGGACCACUGUUACGGCAGCUAUUAACAACAAGAAGAGAGUGAUGCCAAACCAGGUGAUCCGGAGGGGCUGGCUCACUAUCAACAUAAGCAUUAUGAAGGGGGGGUCCAAAGACUACUGGUUCGUCCUGACUGCAGAGUCACUGUCCUGGUACAAGGAUGAGGAGGAGAAAGAGAAGAAGUACAUGCUGCCUCUAGAUAAUCUGAAGCUGAGAGACGUGGAGAAAGGUUUCAUGUCCACAAAACACACAUUCGCCAUCUUCAACACCGAGUCCAGGAACGUGUAUAAGGACCUACGUCAGAUAGAGCUGGCCUGUGACACACAGGAGGAUGUCGACAGCUGGAAGGCUUCUUUCCUCAGAGCUGGAGUUUACCCUGAGAAAGACCAGGUUGACAGUGAGGACACAGGACCAGCAGAAUCCUUCUCUAUGGAUCCCCAGCUGGAGAGGCAGGUUGAGACCAUAAGGAAUCUAGUGGAUUCCUACAUCGGCAUCGUCAACAAGUCCAUCAGGGAUCUAAUGCCCAAGACCAUCAUGCACCUCAUGAUCAACAGCGCUAAAGACUUCAUCCAUUCUGAGUUGUUAGCCUACCUGUAUUCCUGUGGGGACCAGGGCAGUCUGAUGGAGGAGUCAGCUGACCAGGCUCAGAGGAGAGAUGAGAUGUUGAGGAUGUACCAUGCUCUGAAAGAAGCCCUGCUGAUCAUAGGAGACAUCAGUACAACCACAGUGUCAGCUCCUGUACCUCCACCUGUAGACGACACCUGGAGGACCAAGGAACCCAGCCCCCCUCCUCAGGCCAGACCAGCCCCGGCCGCUGUCCCCCCUCCUAGUCGCCCCCCGGUAGCAAGAGGCCCCACCGCCGCUCCUCCUCCCUCCAGUCCCCAAAACCCAGCUUUCGGGGCGCCCCUUAUCCCCUCUCGACCUGGACCCCCACCAGUCAACACCUACAGUGCAGCGGACCCUGUCGCCAAUGUCCCCCUGAUCCCAUCUCGCCCAGCCAGGGUACCCCCAGCACUGCCCCCCGGCAUACCCAGAAGACCCCCAGCGGCCCCAGGCCGUCCCACCAUCAUACGCCCUUCAGAGCCUUCACUGCUGGACUAGACAGACAGACAGACAGAGACAGACAGACAGACAGACAGACAGACAGACAGACAGAGACAGACAGAGACAGACAGAGACAGACACACACAGACAGACAGAGACAGACAGAGACAGACAGAGACAGACAGACAGAGACAGACAGACAGACAGACAGACAGAGACAGACAGACAGAGACAGACAGACAGACAGACAGCGACAGACAGACAGACAGACAGACAGACAGACAGACAGACAGCGACAGACAGACAGACAGACAGCGACAGACAGACAGACAGCGACAGACAGACAGACACAGAGACAGAGACAGACAGACAGACAAAAUGAACAAUUACCACUCCUAAUGUCCUUUGACUACAAAGAAACACUUUGCGUAACGUUGAUGUUUUAUUCCCUAACAUGAUUCAAGACUGUCUUUCAUGUAUUCUCUCUCAAUAUUCAUAUUGUCCUAUUAUUGUUAUUUCAUGUAUUAUUUACAUUAUUAUUUACUCUUAUUUACUAUUUUUCAUUUAAGCAACACUAUGUACUUUUGAUCACAUUGUUUUUUUUUUAGCUGUUUAAUACCUUCAAUUUUUUUAAAGGAUUGAGAGAGAGAGAAAAAAUGAAACCUACAGUUCAAACCAGGGGAUCAGACAGAAUUUCAAAUCAAACAGGUUUUUGUGAAUACCUAGAAUACUUCUUCACAUGGAAGCACUUAUUCAAAUCUUCUUUUUUUUAUAACAAAUACACUCCAUAAUUAAUAACAAAAUACUUAUUUCUUUAUACUGUUUUAAAUGUUUCUAUCCUUACUGGAUUAUAUGUACAGUUGUAUUUUUAGAUCUAAUCUUCAAUAUGCACUUCGAUAUCUAUGCAGGAGUAUUAUAGUAAGUCUUUUCUAGCUCGCAGCUUUUUUGAAAUUCAUUUUGAUGAAAUGCUAAUUAUGCUAUAAAAUGACUUGAUUUCAAUGGAAACUAGUUAGCUACAACUGCCCUCACAGUUCACUCAAAGAACAGUGGUAACCGGUCAGGGUUGGUGUCCAUUCCGUUUCAAUUUCAGUAAAUUCAGAAAGUUCCAAUCCUCUUCAAUGCUCUUUAAUGAGGAACAUUUGGAAUUGGAAUUUGGUUUUCUCUCUGAAUUGACUGGAAUUGGCACCAACCCUGUAGUCAAUAUAGAUACCUGGUGUCUCGUCAGUUAUCGAUGUUCAAAGGACCAAAUUAGUAGUAGAUAGUUGUUAGAUAAGGGCCAGGAUUCAAUCAAAGAUGCUUUGUCGAUGAGCUCACUGCACUUGACUUUUAAAAGGUCAUUUAUGACAUCCGCAGUGUUUACCACAAAUGCAAUCUCUGCAAACAUCUAGGAAAUUCCCUUUAAAAUGAUCAUUGUAGAGAGUGUUGUUUGCUUAUCGCUUCUUUAAUUAAAUCCCGGCUUUUAGCCCAGUCUAUUGUAAAUGGUAGCUUGCUGUCAAUCUUGCCUCUGCUUCCUGAAUAGACCAAUCAAAAUAGACCUGCUUCCUGAAUGGACCAAUCAAAAUGGACCAAUCAAAAUAGACCUGCUUCAUGAAUGGACCAAUCAAAAUGGACCUGCUUCCUGAAUGGACCAAUCAGAAACCAGACAGAGGGGGUAGUGCACCACAAAGGGAAUAGGAUGCCGUUUCAGACUCUUUGUAUUGUUUUUUUAAAAAACGACUUUUUCUAUUUUUCUAAGUGCCUCUUACCUGUGGCUUUCCUAUUGAAUGAACAGAUGAAUGACAUGAUACAUUAACAAAGGAAUGAAUCACUGGGUGAACAAGGGAUGGUAGAAUAGAACAGUAUUGUGAAGAAGUAUGUAUAAAGAUGUGAUACGGAAUAAUAAAGAGAUAAAGGGACUGA